CUCCUUCUCCAAAACCCUUUUUUCUCAUUCUUCUUUGUUUUCCUUGGAAACAAACACACUUUGCUUCUAGAUUUCAUAAUUUUGAUUAUUUCAUUGAUUCAUUUUUUAUGUUUCAUUUCGUCAAAUAGAUACACACAAAACACAAGAUAAUAAUAAUUUGAUAAAGCUGUAGUCUUUUUGAUUAUAUUAUUCACAGAAAACAAUCUCAAGAUCUUUAUAUACUUGUUAGGGAUAGAUCCAUUGCGUAUUAUCUGUUUUUUUCAUUCUUAAGGGUUUUGGAAGAAUUUGUAUUAAUAUAUAUUUGGCGGGUGCCAUCUUCAAAAACUAUUGUAAUUCUUAAUGCAAGGGCAGAAGGGUGUUAUUGGUUCUUUACCAGAAAGCUUAGCCUUGGAACAAGGUUCAUCUUCAAGUGAUUCAGGUCCUGUAGAACAGCAAAUUUGUUGGACUGACUUCAUGCGGCAUCCUCCAGCCAAUACAAGUCAAGAAAGGCAAAAUCGAAGCAUGUGGACUAUGGGUGAAUCUAGUUCGAGUUCUAUGCCAACCCACAUGAGUCAGAAUCGUAUUGACCCAAAAGUUGAACACGGUUGGUCAGGUCUAAUGAAAGUUUACCCUGAACCACAGCAACAUGAACCACUUGCAAGUAUGCUUUCGUUGGGUGAUGUUAGUAUGAACGUAACACAGAAUCAUGCUAAUGCUACAAAUACUCGUGUGGUUCCACAUAAUGUCACUGUAAAUCCAUCAACUUUUAUUGGCAUGAAGCCUUCUAGUUAUGCCAGUAGUUCUUCCGACCCUUUGGAAAUGGUGAACCGGCCGUUAGCGCGUAAAAGAAAAGCAGCUGAUUUAAGUAAUUGCCAGUCGUCUUCUGGGAUUGAAAGCUCAAAUAUUUUUCAAAGGCCUUCGGGCAGUAGUAGUGGUUGGCGGUUGGUUUCUGAAAACCCUCCAUCUACUAAUUUAAUGCCUUCCAAUCCAACCAUCCCUGGACAAGGUUUGGAUGUUGGAGGUAUUUCUUCUGACAAUCAUUCAGAGAACACCCGUAGAAAUGUUCGGAUAAGAACUAAUAAUUCACGUCAACAAGAUCUAUUUCCUGCUACUAGUGUUAGUAAUGGGCAGUUGAAUUUCUUGUCUCAUCAUUCUUCUUUAGGACUCAACCCGGUGGAUUUGAGGCCACAAACGGUUGGAAUUUCGUCAAGUCAAGGUGGUCAACCUAUAUCGCAGGUCCCGGUAUUUAGAAGAAACUUUCAAGUAACGUCUAGAAGUCGGAGUUCUAGCUUAAGAGGUAACCGUCUAUCAAGUCUAUAUGAUGGUGGUCUUGGAGAUAACACAGGAACACCGCCAACAACUAUUUCAGAUCACCCACUGUUUGUUCAUCCACGCGACAGAAGAACUGGCCCUCAACCUGCAGUUAAUUGGAGUUUUAAUGGAAACAAUGGUAAUAGUGUUGUCUCCACCUUGAACUUGGUGCCUGCUCCUACAUUACCAGCUAAUAUGACCCCACAUCGUGGUUCUGCACAUCAUUCUUCUAGACGACUCUCAGAGAUUCUACGUCAGUCUUUAGUAUCUUCAACUGAUUCUGGGGCCGGUGGUGUUGUUGAUGAAGGGCAAAGCAGUAAUCUUUUUGCUACACUUCCACCACCUGUGGGUCCUCCACAAAGAGCAGGGGUUCCAUCUGUGAUUGGUAUCCCCGGUCAUCAUCAUCGUUAUCAUCUAGCACAGCAAAGAACAUCAGAUAGACAGCUUGAUGGUGCAUUUCGAAUCCCAUUGCUUGCACGGGCUCCUGGAAGUGAAGGAAGAGGCAGACUGUCUGAGAUUCACAGCGUCAUGGAUCUUAUACGUAGGAGAGAAGGCUUGCGUUUUGAGGAUUUUAUGAUCCUAGAUCAGUCAGUUUUAUAUCGAAUGGCCGAUAUGCAUGAUCGACACAGGGACAUGCGGCUUGAUAUAGAUAACAUGUCCUAUGAGGAGCUAUUGGCUUUAGAAGAGCGAAUGGGAAAUGUGAGCACGGGAUUAACAGAAGAGAACAUCGUUUGUUGUCUGAAGCUGAAAACAUACACGUCUUUUGCAGGUCAGCCAGAUGUCGAACCUUGCUGCAUUUGUCAGGAAGAAUACAAGAAUGGAGAUGAUCUUGGGUCGUUGAAAUGUGGGCAUGAUUUCCACACAAGCUGUAUUAAACAGUGGCUGCUUCAGAAGAACUUGUGCCCGGUUUGCAAGUCUGCGGCACAUCUAAGUGAGUGAGCUUUAGAGGAGGUUUUUGUUGAAGAUGACAAUUACUUCAUCUUUGGAUCAAGAAUACAUGAACACAAGUAAAGUGGAUUUGGUAAAAAGUUGCCGAGGCAAAUAAUAUUCUUUUGUUAUUGCACCCUCACCCCCUAGAGAAUAUCAUUAAAGUAUCUGUACCUUUUUUUAAUCCCUUUUUUCCCAUUUAUUUAAGAUUCUUUUUCUUUGAUUUUGGUCUCCAUAUGGAGAGGAUUAUAUGAAAUUAAUUAAAGGUAGUACUAAUGCCCCAUUUUUCCCA